AUGCAACAUAGCGGAUCGUCAUUCCUAUUGCGAUUCCAAUCAACGUUUACUGCUCGAGAAAACCUGAUUAUUGUAGUGAUCGGAAAUACCCCUACGAAUAAACAAGUUUUUUCGCUUGGAUAUUUUCGCAGAUUACAUCUCAGCCCUUGUAUUGACAUCAAGUUACUUGUUGCGGUGGCAGUCUUCAACUUGAUGCUGAUCCGUAGUAGUUCCUGGGAUUUCUCCCAGUGGCUUGCAAUGAGUCUGACCCUGAUGACGUAUAAGGAUUGUUCUUUGUGCAAUCUUAAAACGUAUUGGUGGUUUGACACCUUCAUUGUCCGAUGAGGAGUGGCCACUUCGUGGCGCCUCCAUUGA